CCUGGCACCGCUAGCUAACCUCCCCCAACUCCUCACCCUCCCUCUCGCUUCCUCUCCUCUCCACUCCCUCGCCGCCGCCGUCGCGGCCCCGCAGCCAACGGCGGCCGCCGGUCCCCACCUCUCACUCUCACUCACCUCUCCCGGCGGCUCCCCCCCCCUCCCAGCGGUGGCGGCGAGGGGCCUCCUCCGCACGUCCGCGCCGCCGCCCCAGAUCCGCCGUCCAGGACGGGGUCGACGCUCCGCUCACCCGCCAGGCGGUCGCGGGAGGCCCCCGCGCCCGGCGCCUCGCUGGUACAUUUUGAGUUGGUUGUUCUUGUAAGUGGAGUUCUGCCAAUUUAGUUAUGGAUGUUCGGGUGAUUACUGUUACUGAAGACUGAUGGAGUAGCUACAAGGGCACCUUGGUGUUGGUAUGCAGCAAGAACAUCUGGAGAUAAGUGGGAUGUAGAGGCUGCACAGGGUUCUGCAUAUUUAGAGGUUUAUUGGGCGAUGGGGUCAUUGUGCUGCGUGGCGGCGAGGCCCCAUGGGGCUAGCACGGCUAGCCGGGAGUGGUCCUCGAUUGGACGGAACGACCCACUCUGGCGGACCAACGCUGGCUUUUCGCCGCCGCUGUCUAGGAGGUGGGAGUACUGCAUCAAUUCCGAGGGGUUGUCGUAUGGCUCCCAGGGCGACAGCGGAGCUGCUGCGCACUAUGGUUCGUCGCUAUCUUCAAAUAGUAAAGAGCCUAGCAGGAGCUGGGAGAGAAGUGAGCUUCCACUAGAUCAUCAUCGUUACUCCACCUCGGAAGGUGCCAUUUCGUAUUUUAACAGUCCGGAUGUUACCUUCCACAACCACCAUAUUAUGCUCCCUAUGCUGCAGGAUUCUAGCAUUGACGAAUACAUGAGAGUCUCUGUGGCCGAGCCAAUAGGUGCAUUGCUAUUGUCAGAGGGAAUAUCAGGACAACAAAAUAGUGGUGGUUCCACUUCCUCUCGCUCUGAUGGAAGUGAAUAUGAUAUUGUACCAAAAUCAUACUCGUCUACGCCACGCAACUUCCCAAGUCGUCGAUCAUUCCUGUCAAAGCCAAUCCAUCCUCUUUCGUUUCCAGAGCAUGCACUAGAAGGGCAAGAAACUGAUAGCCCUGUUGCCAAUGCAAGCUCCAGCAAUCCUAUGCCCUCGGAGUUCAAGGCAAUAGGCGAGAUCCGCUCUUCUGGUCUGAUGGACUAUGCCAGUGGCAGCCAUGGGGAGUCAGCAAACUGGAGCGCUGCAAGUAGCAUGGAUCUAACUGACUUAUCAGAGCGACCUGAGACUGAGCGCUCUGGACCACUGCGUUCUAACAACAUAAUGGAUAGAACAAGGUGCGACCUUUGUGAGAGGCUCUUGUCCAAGAGAUCGCCCUGGGGUUCUCGUCGAAUCAUCCGUACCGGUGACUUGCCAGUCGCUGGUGUGCUUCCCUGCUCCCAUAUCUACCAUGCCGAGUGCUUGGAGAGAACCACUCCCAAGGGGCAGAAACAUGACCCUCCUUGCCCUGUGUGCGAUAGGCUGGCUGGCAAAGACACCGAGCAGUGGUCAAUUUGCAGGCUAAGAAAUGGAUUCCCAAGGCUAAGAUCACUAGGGGAAGGCCCAUCUAGGGUUUGGAGCUGUGCCCAAGCUGGGGACUGUGUGGCCGGUGCUGUCCAGAUACCAAGAGCAAGUAGCAUCUCUCUGCUGAGCCGGAGCGGCCACAAGAGGCAUGCCACUUCCAAGGGUGAAUCCGGCAAAGACUGGGCUGAGACAUCGUCAAGAACUGCCUGCAUGUAGCCUUUGCCAUGUAGCUAACGAUCGUUUGCCUUCCAUCGUCUCUUGUUGAUGUCGAUGCAAAGGCUGAUGAUGUGUAUCGACGCAGAUGUUGCCAUGGGUGGUUUAGCUGGUCCGGCUAGGAAAUGACAUAGAUGUGCCUAUGUAGCUGACUGAAAUUCGCCCCCCUUUUUUAUAUAUCAAACAUGAGGGUUGUAACCUUGUUCAUAAAGGUUGUAGAUCUUUACAUAUCGAGGAAAUUCUUCGUGACAUUACAUUGAAAUUUGUUGCCCAUCUAUUUCGUCAUCACACCAAAACUUGCCAUAUAUUCUGUUGAUGCUGG